UAGAUGGCAACGUGUCAGAGAAAGUAAAAUAAAGAAAAAAGUAAUUAAACGUCACUUUGGUGUAGACUCAUCAGCGUCGGUUCGAAUCAGUUGAACCAAUCUUGAAACUUACCAAUCAAACACACUAUUAGAACGCCGCUUUGCUUCCAUAAUCACCGGUUCGACUCUGCUCUCCGAUGAUGAGACCGUCGAGAGACGCCAUUCAGUCUUACAUGAGCAUCACCGGCGCCGACGAGUCACUCGCCAUUCAGAGUCUUGAGGAACAUAGCAAUAAUCUCACUGAAGCCAUCAAUGCUCACUUCAGGGAUGUGGAGAGAAGCAUUCUUGAUCCAAGCUCAGACACUCGUCCACAAUACAAUGCUGUGGAAGAUAACAGUCAUCAUGUUCGUAGUGGUGGUGGUGGUAGCGAGUCUAGGCCAGUUCCAGGCGGACUUCCAUCUCUCCUCUCUGCUGCUCGCUCUUUUAGACCCUCGUUGCUUCUAGAUCCCAACUACAGGAGAAGUCUGCUUAGGCAGCUCAGUGGCUCUGCUUCUUCUCCUCCUCCAUCAUCUCACACGGGAGAAGUCACAGGGUUCCCUGCUAGCUCUACCUGGGGUGCUGCUAAUGAUCAGAUUCGUCCUCCUGGACUUGGAGAUGUCGGAGGAGACGGUUAUGCUAGACAUUCACCUAGCUACGGAUCCCAAGUCUAUGGUGGAACAACACAUAGGGAUGCUGAAUCACCUGUCUAUGGGAACGAUGCGGAAGAAGAAAUGAUCAGAGCUGCCAUCGAGGCUUCAAAGAAGGAUUUUGAAGAGGGGACUCGUCACAAUGUUCCAUCUAGCGUUUUAUCUUCAAGAGAGGCUAUUAACAAGGAGGACGAGGACAUUGCCCGUGCAAUUUCUAUGUCAAUAGAGAUGGAAGAGCAAGAGAGUGUAAUGCGAGAGCAACUAGCUGAACUUAUGCCUCACUCCGUAGAGCAAUCUAAUACACAUGAAAGUAGCAGAUAUAAGCCCGGGAGCUCUACAUUACAAGAAAAGCGCGAAGAUAUUAAACAAAAGCAGCCAAUUGAUGUAAGCUCUCAGCACGGACAUGAAGCUUCUUAUCCUGAAGAGUGGGGUGGCAUUCCGUCAAAAGAGCUACAGGAGGCAAUAAUGCUGGAAAAGGCACUCUUUAGUGGAGUAGCUAGAGAAAAUACUUCACAUAAUAAUCUGCCUGGAACUCACACGGAGUCACAGUCUGCUGAUAAGAGGGCCAUUGGAGAGGAAGCUGAGAGAUCUUCCAUUACGAAGAAGGAAGCACUUCCCAUAGAGCCAUCAGUGGAUAAUGAAGAUGCCAUCACUCUACUUGUUAGAAUGCCAGAUAGCAGCCGUCAUGGUCGUCGCUUUCUCAAAUCAGACAAGCUUAAGUACCUAUUUGACUUCAUAGAUGCUGCUGGACUAGUCAAACCAGGCACAUAUAGAGUGAUUAGAGCAUAUCCUCGACGUGCAUUCAGCCUUCAAGACGGUGCCUUAACCUUUGAGGAACUGAGUCUCACCAACAAGCAAGAAGCGUUGUUUCUGGAACUACUGAUAUAGUAGUAGCAAUGUGUACCUCUGAGAUGAUGAUAGCAGAAACUAGUUGAGUUCAAUGUACUGUAAGCCUUUAACCGCUUUCGUAGCUUUAGACCCAACGCAUGGUUACACACAUUGUUGUAAACUCUCAUAUGUUUUUGCUAAUGUUGAAUCUCCGGUUUGAAACA